CAAUGACUUCUCCGAAGUGAGACACAGUAUUGAUCCGUAGCUCUCAAACAAAUAUCGUCAAUAUAUACAACCAACGCCUAUUCUUUAGAUCAGUCAAUAACACAAAGCCGCCAGAAUAUGUCAGGUACACGCAUAUAGUGCACUAGAAAUGUUUAUAUAGGUGUUUUAUUAAGUAUUUCUAUGAUUGAUGAAUACCUGUAGAUAAAAGUAAUAUUAAGUAAAGGCCUAGGACUGAAAAACAUGAAAAAACUUAUUGAAUACGCUUCAACAUACAGCCGCCAUUGGAAUACUUCACAUUAUGUAGCUGACAUCUGAAUCGUAAUAACUCAAAAAUAAUCAUACCAUUGAUUAAUAGCAGCACGAAAAAAUUGAUAAAAUGGCGGACACUUGUAUUCCAGGCUCGGACCCACUGGAAAUCUCUUCAGCAAUCCAUAAGCUUAUCACGUCGCCACAUGACAAAGAUGAGGUCAUCGAUCUUCAAUUGUCUCCUGAGAAACGAAGAUGGCUCGUAUUUGGAAUAACAUUAAAUAAUACCAUAGCACCCUGUCUUCGCCAGUACGUCGACCCAAUAGUAAAACGUGCAUUUUCUAACCUGACGUCUGCACAACUACACAGAAUGACGUCUUACAAGAACAAACAAUCACUUGAAUAUCGGAAUAUAAACAAUAAUGCAUUGGUACAGUGGAACAAACAGCAGCACGUACACAAACUUCAAAACCACGUCGAUUUCUCAAAAUUAUUUUUGAGAUUUGGAAUGGCAAAAUACACUGCAUUCGACGAAACGUGCGACCCCUCUGCGUUACUUAAUCUCAUUAUACAAAUGGAUGACUUUCCGAGCAUUGUUCGGCCGAUAGCAGACACCAUUCGUAUGUUUCGAAAUGACUGGGGUCAUUGUGAUUUUACUAAUUGGACUGAGUCGUACUAUUUAGACGCCUUUGCCAAUAUGGAAAAGUUUAUUCGAAGUCUGCAAUUAUCACCCAGUGAGAAAGAAAAGAAAAUCCUAUCUGAGCUAACAAAAUGGCAAAAUGAUGGUAUACGAUUCUUCUCAACGCCAUGGGUAGACGCCAAGCUAUGUGAGAAAAUCCAAUACGAAGUCAAAACACUUGCC